CGCGUCCCGUUUUCUCCGGCAGGUGAUGAGAGGCAUAUUUUGUGUCAUCAUCGUGCAGUAAAAGGCGUUUUCUCAACGUUGUGAACAGGAACUUUAAAUAAUUAUUUAGUUUGGUCGAAGACGUUUAGCCCUCCUCAGGUCUUCUGUUCAGCCCCCUGUUCGAAUCGCAUCCCUGCCUGUAACGUUGCCUGCAGCUGCUGUGCUGUGUGUAGAGACUCAAAGAGCCACCAUGAUCCUGCUAACUCCAUCCUCCGGUACGGUUUACUUGCAUUGCUCCAUUCUCAGCAUCUACACAUUCUCCUCUGUUUUACUGUACCUCUGUCCGGCGUGCUGUGGUUUUGAAUGUUGGGUUACUGCUGGAGAGCAUUCUGUCAUAUCUGUUGUUUUUCCGAUGUUGUCACUGACUAAGUAUUGUGUCGAUUAAGGAGUGACACAAACACGCGAAGCCCACUCGGACAUUAACAUGUGCCGAGGACAGCUCUGCCGUGGCCCACUGGAGCCACGCUUUUACAGUGUCAGUGGAUAUAAGGCUGUUUUAAGGCUAGGUGGGUUUUAAUUAGAGACAUUCAAGCAGUAUAGCAUUUAUUAAUAAAUCAGGCUGCAUCAGCUGUGCCAUGGUCCCUCACGACACUGCCGUCAGUGUUUGCUGUGUUCAGUAGACACGUCAACAGUAUUGCUAAUAUUUUACAGGGAUGUGCCGAUGGUUACAUUUCAUGACUGAUUCAGCUUCUGAUUUCUUCACAGCCAGGUGAAUUUUUAUUCGCCUUUUUUUUAACCCAGACCUUGCACUGGCUUUUCUGGCUCACUUUAUCAAGCAUAAUAAAUUUGCGACACAGAUCAGCCAAAAUAAAAGCAAUAAAAUGACUGAUUGCAUGCUUCGAGCAAAAAUCCUCUGAUUCUCUUGGCUGAAUCUGAUGGUGCAUCCCUAAAGUGCACCUCCAAACACUAUAUCAGUAAUAGCUAAAGAGGAUCACACUCUAUUUAUAAUUUAUUUAUUCAUUAGUUUUCAUUAAGCUAGCUCUUGGUCAGUAGUCAUUACCAGGUAAUGCCUGAGUUCAGUCACAGAGCUUGAGCCCCCACGACUCGCACUGAUGAGGCAGCAUUGCAGAAAUUCAGGCUUUAAUUCAGAGAACCUGAGCCUGUGCCCUCCAUCUGUGCUGAAAUCCUGAAUCUAGCCAGACUUUGGUAACAUGUGGGAUUUUUUGUAUGGAGUUGAUGCGUAAUUCCUGAUGUUCUGUUCAUGCUCAUGCCCCAUCUGCUCCAUUUGUACUGACAAUGCUGUUUUGGAUGUGAAUCAUGAAACAGCGACAAAUGGUUGUUUUUGAAGCCCUAAUUCAAAACAACGGGACACCACGUCUACAAGAUGACUGCACUUAGGAGACACUUCAGCGUGCUUAGAACGUAUAACAUGCUCUCUAUAAGUAAACCUUACAUGGUCAGAGCUGUGGAAUGGCAGCAGGGCAGGGUUGUUUCAGGUCUGUCCCUGAUUGGGACUUUUCACAUCGCUCAACAAAGUCAUGAUACAACCUAAAGCAAUACCACCACCACAUUUUGCCCUGUGAUCUUUUUAAAUCAGUGAUCUACUAAAUAUCUGCUUUUCUAUAGGAAAUUUAAACAGGUUUCAGUCAUUUGGCUGCGUGUUUACUUUGCAGCAGUCACUUUUCACUCGCUGAUUAAACGCAAAUCAUUUUUUACAGUUUCCAAAUUUAUACUGAAUAUAAACACAGCAGUGACGACAUGUGAAGUCUAAAACUUGGCUGUUUUAAUUACUUAUGCUCAGAAUAAUCAGCUGAAUAAACCAGCCAAGCGUGGUCUAAACAGAGGAGUUUUACCCAUGUGGAGCUGAUUUUCAAGGCUAAUUUUUGUUCGAUUUUGUUUUACUUAAGAAUGACUUCAGUAUUUACUAGGGCUGAACGAUUUUCAGAAAAUAUCUAAUAUUUUAAUUGUUUUAAAGAAAAUAUCCUAUUCACAAAUGUGACUGCAAUUUAAAUUGUAAUCAUUAUCUGUAAAUGAAGGUCCAGCCCAAGAACAUAGCAUGGAUUAUUCUCACAAACAUGACAAAUACUGGGACCUAACUCUUUUUUUUGAAUACAUAAACAACGAUACCUGGCUAAAUAAUUAAAAAAAUAAAGCAGAAUGAUUUAAUUGAUUUUACUAGAUUUAGUAAACUAUGUAUUUUAUCAUUUUUAGUUAUUACCAGAACACAUUGAGAGCAACUGGGGUUUUUCUUUUUACCUGUUAAGACAAUGUUGUUGAUAAUGUAUAAUUAAUAAUUAGCUAUAAUUAAAAUCACAGCUCUUGCAGUUUGAAAAUUGCGCUCUUUGAAAUUGGAUUUUGAGAAAAAGGUAAGAAAAAAGGGUUUAAUCUUUCAGCCCUAGUGUUCACCAGUCCCUCAGUUUCUAAAUUGAUCUAAGACAACUGGUGAAUCUGGGUUGGUCUGAUAAAAGUAAAAGCAAAUGAAAGCGUAAUGCAGCUUUGUGGUGAAUGAUGUGCUGUUGGCUGUGUGCUUUAUCUGAUUGGUUGUUUUCUUUCAGAUGAAGAGUCGCUUGCAAUCUACUGGCUUUGGAGUCACGUCAAGUUCAGGUUGCAAAGCGCAAUACGUUUCAGUGGCACAACAGCCUUCAUCAAAGAACAGCGUUAGGAUGCCAAGAAGAGCCUGUUGGGUUUUCACUUUUUUCCCAAGCCCCAACUUUACAAUUAAGAUCCACUACAGUUAAUAAUAUUUGUGCUUUUUCCAGCGCACCAACAAACUGUUUCUGAGAGAACGGGCCAAUUGGGUCCAGCUCAAGGAGUUUGCCCGUAAAAAUGCUGCCAAUGCUCUAUCUGUUGCCAACAUGGUCAUGGGGAUGGCUUCCAUUCUCAGCAGUCUAAAUGGCCACCAUUAUGCUGCAUGCUGGUUAGUGCUGAUUGGUUACCUGCUGGAUUUGGCAGAUGGAGCAGUCGCUAGGCGACUGAACGCCUGUUCUGUGUUGGGUGCCAAACUGGAUGAUUUUGCUGAUUUCACAACUUUUGGAAUUGCAACUUCUCUGCUACUAAGGACUCCUAGUUUCCUGGAUAACCUCCUCUGCAUAUGCUAUGUGCUUUCUGUGUUAGUCCGCCUCGUCUUCUUCUCGACCGGUAUUCCUUUCAUGUACCGUGGCUUGCCAUGCAUCUAUUCCUCUGCCAUUCUCUCCUGCACAUCUCUCCUUACUGGGGGUAAUAUGGCUGUGCUUCGCGUCACUGCUGUGGCCAUGAUCCUUUUCAUGGUGAGCCAGAGCUUCUAUCCUCAUGACAGGGUGCUGGAAUCCCAGGCCUGGAAGAAAGUGGUAUAUGUUGGAGGUGUUGUAAUGGUCUUCUGCUCCUCAUUCCCACCUGCUUGUGUGUACUACUUGCUAUGGUCAGUUUCGUACAUUUUGUUCCCAACGGCCCUGUGGAGCUGCAAAGUGUAAUAACAUCCGCGAUCUGGCCCAAACUCUGACACUCCAGGUUUGAAGAAGGCCUGUAUGGCCCCAUUGGAAUCUUCUGCUGCUUGUUGUCAUGGAGGAUCAAACCAUUGCUCAAUCUAAGAAACUCUGGACAUUGUAUGCUUUUUUUUUUUUUAUUGUUUUAGUUUUGAGGUGAUAAAUUCCAGGUCAUGAUGAUGAAAUCUACCUGAUCUCGAGAGCAAAAUAGCCUUUUUGCAGGCUGCCUCAGAAGCGCUUUUGUAUUCGAGGGAUCCAAGGACCAGUGACUUUGGAUGUUGUGUUCACAGAGGAUGACACAGAAGUAUUCCGUUGUCUCUGAUGCGUGUGGUGAUCUUGAAACAGUUGCAGUGUACCGAAUCACAGAAACGGAUUCCGUCAAAACGUCAGACGAUGUCAGCUUUGCUGUGAAUAAUACUUUUUUGGUGGAUUUGUUUUAGGAGUAUUUUUUUCUGGUUACUGUUGGAAAACAGAUGAGACUGACUACUGAUUAGAACAAAUAUUUCAUGUACAGUCAUGUGAAAAAAUUAGGACACUCCAUCAAAUAUUCACUUAAUUCAGUCUAAUGUCUCUGGAAAAGAAAGUGAGUUAAUUGCAGGUAAAUAACAAAAAUGAACCUUGUUUUACUCAUUAAACACAAAAUAUUAACAAAAUGCGUUUUCUAACUGAGGAAAAAGUUAGGAGACCCUACCCUUUAUAGCUAUUGUUCCCCACUUUGGCUGAAAUAACUUCAGUGAGAUGCUUCUUGUAUCCAUCUACCAGUGACAUCAGUCUGAGGAAUGUUUGCCCCACUCCUCAAUGCAAAAUUCUUUCAGUUGUGAGAUGUUUGAUGGAUGUCUUGCUUGAACAGCCUAUUUCAAGUCACCCCAUAGCAUCUCAAUGGGAUUAUCACCUCGGCUUUGACUUGGCCAUUCCAGGACCCUGUUUCUUAGUUUUCAGCCAGUCCUUGGUGGAUUUACUGGUAGGUUUUGGGUCAUUGUCAUGUUACAGGGUCCAGUUCCGCUUCAGCUUUAAUUUUUUACAGAUGGUCUCACAUGUUCCUCAAGCACCCUCUGAUACACAGUAGGAUUCAUGGUAGAUUCCAUAAUGGUGAGCUGGCCAGGUCCUGCUGCAGCAAAGCAUCCCUAAACCAUGAUACUUCCACCUCCAUGCUUUGCAGUUGAUAUGAGGUUCUCUUCCUGGAAUGCUGCAUUUGGUUUAAGCCAAACAUGCCUUCUGUUAUGGUGUCCAAAUAAUUCAAUACACUCAUUUGUCCAAAGAACAAUAUUCCAGAGGUUCUGCUCUUUGUCUACGUUCUAUCUGGCAAACUUCAGUCUGGCCUUCAUAUUCCUCCUUGCACAGCUCCCAUGAAAGUUUUAGGGUUUUUUGAGACUUCUUUUAGCAUCUUGCACCCUGCUCUUGGGGUGAACAUGUUAGGGCGGCCAGACCUGGGCAUGUUGUCAGUUGUUUUGAAUGUCGUUCGCUUGUAGACUAUUUUCCGGACAGUGGAUUGGCUGAUUUCAAAUUCUUUUGUGAUCUUUUUAAAUCCCUUACUAGACACAUAAGCUGCUACAAUCUUCUUUGUUUUGGCCUCAGAAAGCUCUUUCAAUCUCACCGUGGAGUUCACUCUCACUUCAACAGUCAGGAGCACACCAAGCUAAAUGAGGUUUAAAUAAGGCAAGCCUCCUUCAAAAUGCUGAGUAAUGAUGUUUUAAUCAUUUUAAGUAGGAAUAUGUGAAAUGUGGGGGUGUCCUAAUUUAUUCCUCACUAGAAAUUGCAUUUUUUUAAAUUACACUUUACAGAAAGUUUUUAAAAGUCUUUUUUUCAGUUCAUUUAGUUAUGUUACUUGUAUCUCUCAAUAUUGUUUAAAUGCAUAUUUUAUUUCCACAUGUCCAAAUAUGUUAAAAACACACAGGCUUUUAUAGGGUGUCUUAUUUUUUUACAUGACUGUAUAUAUUUACAGUAAUUGGCGUGUCUGUAUUGGUAGGAUAGGUAUUUGAUGUAAAGGGAAACACUUUACAUACCAUUAGCAUUUAAAAUAUCAGUACAUUAAUGAGGUAUUUUUUAGAGGGGACUGGCAUUUAAUUCAGGUUGGCUUUACUGUCAGUCAUCUGUUUAGUGACACGUCGACCACACUACAUAGUAAAAGCCACUACAGUAUCAUACAGGUAAAGGCCUCAGAGAGUUAGCUCACCUAGUAUCUGGAUUAAGUGUGAUUUUGGCUAAUUCUGCAGUCGCCCCCUCCAGACUUAUGGCAGAGGACCGUUUCAGGCAGCAGUUGUUUUGAGAGACGAUUUUAGGAUCCUGCCAAAGUGUUUUGCUGGUCUAGCUGUGCAACUGUUUAAGGGAUUUUUCUUCAUGCUCGGUCCAGGGAAAUCAUCUUCCAUAAAUAGCCUAAAUGUACUGUUUACAGGUUAAUGGAAGGUAACACAAAUCUGUAACACAACAGGCAUGAUUUUGUGUUAAGUUGCACCACUUGUGUUGAACUUUGAUUAAAAACGGAGUGGCGUACAA